AUCAUCAGGUCCCAGGUCACUUAGGAACGUGGGCAGGGGGUGGGGCAUGUUUGCGACUCACAGGAGUAGCUUGACGGAUUUGCGCGUGGUCCAUGGUGGCCGCCACCUCAGCCGUCAGCAGAGUUUCCCCUGCGACCCCCUGCAGAUCCCCAAGCCGACGGUGCCCACGAGCGGCGUGCGCAGGAGCAGCAGCGUCAGCAGUGGCAAGCUGCUCUCGCUCUCCUUCAGCGAAAGCAUGCGCAGCGACAUCGACCGCUACCUGUCCGAACAGGGCCUGUAUCCGCUGCGGCAGGGCCCUGGAGAGCAAGCGGAGCUGAAGGGACUCAAAGAGGUGCGGGCUGCUGCCCAAUUCAAGAACCUAGAGGACUUCCUGAGGACCAAUGGUGUGACCCUGCAGGAGUGUGUGUCCUAUCAGACGGGCAUGAGGUACAGAAACCUUGGGAAGUCCGGGUUACGGGUGUCAUGUCUAGGGCUGGGCACCUGGGUGACCUUUGGAGGGCAAAUCACAGACGAGAUAGCAGAGCAGCUGAUGACACUGGCGUAUGAGAAUGGGAUCAAUCUUUUUGACACAGCUGAGGUGUACGCUGCGGGCAAGGCUGAAAUGGUGCUUGGCAGUAUCAUAAAGAAGAAGGGCUGGAGGCGCUCCAGUUUGGUUAUUACCACCAAGAUCUACUGGGGUGGAAAAGCAGAAACAGAAAGAGGCUUGUCCAGAAAGCAUAUAAUAGAAGGUCUGAGGGCAUCUUUGGAGAGACUGCAGUUAGAGUAUGUUGAUGUAGUGUUCGCUAACAGACCAGACCCCAACACACCAAUGGAAGGAGAUCCAUUUAACACCUCAAAAUCAAGAACAUUCAUCAUAGAAGAGACGGUGCGAGCUAUGACGCACGUCAUUAACCAAGGCAUGGCCAUGUACUGGGGGACAUCUCGCUGGAGCCCCAUGGAAAUCAUGGAGGCGUACUCAGUGGCCCGGCAGUUUAACCUGAUCCCCCCCAUCUGUGAGCAGGCCGAGUACCACAUGUUCCAGAGAGAGAAAGUGGAGGUGCAGCUGCCCGAACUGUUCCACAAGAUAGGCGUGGGUGCCAUGACAUGGUCCCCUCUUGCCUGCGGGAUCAUCUCAGGGAAGUACGACAGUGGAGUGCCCCCUUACUCACGUGCCUCUCUGAAGGGCUACCAGUGGUUGAAGGACAAGAUCCUGAGUGAGGAAGGCCGGCGUCAGCAGGCGAAGCUGAAAGAGCUGCAGGCCAUCGCGGAGCGGCUGGGCUGCACACUGCCCCAGCUGGCUAUCGCGUGGUGUCUGAGGAAUGAGGGUGUGAGCUCCGUGCUGCUGGGGGCAUCCAGCACCGACCAGCUGAUGGAGAAUAUCGGAGCCAUACAGGUUCUUCCGAAGUUAUCAUCAUCAAUCAUUCAUGAGGUGGACAGUAUCCUAGGCAACAAGCCGUACAGUAAAAAGGACUACAGGUCCUAGAGGGAGCGUUUCUCUGCUCUGUUUGCUCCUCUGUCUGCCUGAGCUUUGACUGAAUGAGACCUUGGCACACAGGACUGGCACGGUCACAGGUCCUGCUGGACAGGCCAGCUCACACACCCAACGGAGUCUGCUGAUUGUAGGUGGGAAGAGUAAAAGAUCUUCAGAACGACAAGCAGGAGAGGGGCGCAAACCCGGACAAAAUCAGGUAGAGGCCGCCUCAACGAGCAGAACGCUCCUUUAAUCCAGAGAGGAACCACAGAAACGGAACACGCUCAUUCACUCGCUUGCUCUUUCUCUUUUAGACAACUAGUAAACGCAGAGUUCCAGAGGAACAUCUGUAUCUAUUCUAUACAUGCAUGUGAUUCACAGGCCAAAGCACAUGCUUUCUGUCCUUUACCCUGGAAAUAUAACC